AUAGAGUGUCUUAUGCCCUUAUGCAAUAUUUAAUAUUUUAUUUACAGUAUAAUAUUAUUAUAGAGAAAUUUCCAUCGUCUUUCAGUUUGCUAUUUUCUUUAUUAAUAGAACAGAAAACUAUAAGCAUGUUAUGACAAGCACAGCUGCAAUAGUAAUUGCAUUUUCCCUGCUGAUUUAUGAGCUGACCUUACUACCUAACAGCUCUACCCUCAUCAAAGGAGAGCAUCCAGAAUCGAAGUUGGUGUUCCUUUUAACUCUAUGCUUGCUGUUGAAAGGAUUUCCUUUGUGUCCCGGGAUCAUAGCCCGGACGACUUUCUUUCCAGCAUGUCUUUUAGUGGAGAUACCGUUAUCCCUGACUAUACUAGAGAGUUCCCUGAUAUAUGUGUGGAAACCACUUCAAGAGUAUUUACUCCUUUACUCUGAUGAUAUUCUGGUACAUCUGUAUGAAGACACGCGGUAUAUGUGGUUAGUCUGCCCUCUUUGCUGCGGUAAAAGCGGUUGUAACGAAAUUUUUACUAACCUGGUACUUAAAGUGAUGAGUUUUGUAUUUUUGAUAACAAUUUGUUUUGCAUUAAAGAAUAAAGCUUGA